GUAAUUAUUAUUAUGGAACUAUAAAAUGUCCUCCAUGUUCCCAGAAUAAAGACUAAAUCUUCAGGUGAUCCAGCUUCUUUCUACUGUGACCUGCCUUGGUCUCACAAUGGUGUGAAGAACUGAAACUGGACAUUCAGCAAACAUUUCUCUGAGGCAGAAACAAUGUCAUUGGUUACAUUAAACUUUGGUAGGCAGAGAAUCUGUAAAAAGGAUUUUCUCUGGCCCCUCCCACUGACAUUGAACUCAACCAAUGAGAUUGUUUCUGUCUCCAGAGCAGAAAUGUUUGAGGAACUAAAAGCACAAUCAGCUUGAUGUUGAGGAGAAGGGCUGUGCAGCAGAGAGGCUCUUUAGUUUUUUCAUUCUACUGCAGUGGAAGAACAUUGCUCAUCUGCUGUCAGUUUGACUUUAACAACUCCAAAGACAUGUUGCUUUACCUCUUUUUACUUUUCUCUCACUUUAUAGCCCUGGGUUCCAUGAACAUCAUAAAGCCAGACAGUACUGAAGAACAUGUUGCAGAGGGAAGAAACAUCAACCUGACCUGUAAAUAUGACGGUGCCAUCUUCAGCAUUCAAUGGUACCGACAAUACCAGAGAUCCAGACCAGAGUUCCUGCUCUACAUCACAGAGGAAGGAUUGAUUCAUCCAACUGAUUCUGAUUUCAAAGCUCACAUUAACAAAACCGAGAAACGUGUACAUCUGGAGAUCAUCUCAGCUAAAGUGACAGACUCUGCUGUGUACUACUGUGCUCUGCAGCCCACAGUGACAGGAAACACCAAAACUCUGUACAAAAACCUUUGGAGCAAAGACAACAGAAUACUCCACAACAUCCACUCUUUUGGAAAAUGCUGCUACCAGUCUGUUAACCAGGAGGAAGAAAAUACAGAUCUAAGAGGAGAGGGAGAGAUUCAGGGAGGAGCUAAGCUGUUACUGAACUAUAGAAGAGAGAGGAACUUCCAUAUUCAGCAGAGUUCAAUACACAAACCAGAAACAUUACCUUUAUCCAACAUGCUGUCACUGCAUCAUUGUGUGUUUUCUCUACUGUUUCUGUACUUUAUAACAGGAAAACCACCAGAGUUCCUCAUCUCUCAUCUGAAAUCAGGAGAAAUCUUUGCAAAACCAGUCUCUGGAAUGUCUGUUACAGUGAGUGAGGAUAAAACCCAAAUGGAUCUGCAGAUCUCCUCUGCUGCAGUGACAGACUCUGCUCUGUACUACUGUGCUGUGAGGCCCACAGUGACAGGAAACACCAAAACUCUGUACAAAAACCAAAGACAACAGAAUACUCCACAACAUCCACUAGAGGGAGUCACACACUGUUACAAUUACAGUGGUAUGUGAUGAUACAGUCUGACA